AUGUCGAAAUAGCCACCUUUAUAAUCUGACCCGGAUUCAUUAGUCGAGGCAUACGAGUAAUUACAAUGCAAAAUGUCACACAAUGACCAUGAUGUAGUAGAUCAAAUUGGAUAGAUUUGUUAAAGUGUUAUGUGGGGAGAUAAGAACAAUGAUACAUUUUUUGAUUACUUUUGCGAUCAGAAAACUAUGUCAUUGUACUUAGAUUUGGUGCAUACUGGGUAAAGGGAAGUUGUAGUGGCAGUAAUUAAAGCAAUUACGAUGCUAUUACAAAAUAUAUAAAGACCAGUUAGCAUAAAUUAUAUAUUAAGUCACAGUGCAUUGAACGGCAUUAUCAUAGCAGAUUACAACUUUAGGGAUGAUGAAAUCAUAGCUUAUUACAUAAAUUUGUUAAAAUGUGUUUCAAUUAGGAUUGACGAACAGAGUUUGCAGUUGUUCUAUAAUUUGAAAUUUAGCACAUUUCCAAUGUUAAUGAAGGCCAUCUGUUUCUACAAACAUAAGGAAAACUUAAUUAGAACAAGUGUGAGAAACAUAGUUUUAGGAAUAACCAAAAUAAACCUACCACCAUUGCGUAGAUAUGUUAGUUCGUUCCCAUUCACAAUGUUUUACGUCCAAUUCAGUUGCUACAUGAGAGAUGCCCUCUUUUAUAUUGGUGGUCUCAUUCAGGAGGGCAGACAAGAGUCACACAAAAUAAUCAAAUUGUUGUUGGAUGAUUAAUUGGACAUCUUAUACUUUUUGGAAGAUCUUCUAAAAACCAAUAUCGAUGCUUUACCGAUCAUUGUGAAUUCAAUAAUGGCCUAUGGAUUUGUUCCGACUAUAAUAAUGGGAGUUAUUAAGAGUGGCUAACAAUCCAUUAAAUUCAAUCAGUAGCCAUAGAGAUAAUCAAUGAAUCAUUAAUAAUCUCAAAAGUAUUAACACAAUCGUGGACAAUCAUUAGGUAAUUUCACAUUUUCCAAUAUAUUUUCAUCAUCCCAAUAAACAAACAACUAAUAAUAAUAGUAGGUAAUUGAUGUUAAGUUUUGUCUUUUCAUCUUAAUCCAAAUCUACAAGAGCUUUAGUUUCAGCUAGUUUUUGGAUUUGUUAACUCUAUUCAUAUUGGGAAAGGAUCCUGAGAUCGUUGAUUUCAUAACUUAAUUAAGUAUUGUCACAUUAAUGUUAGAUUCGAAUUCCAAAUUAAAUUCAUAUGAAAAGGAUGUAAGCAUGAGUGAGACAUGGGUAAUAAAGGAGAAAACAUUCAUUCAGGCAUAUUCUUAAUUUAUCUACAAAGAUUGUGAAAUAAGCGAAGAUAUCAAUGUAAAUGAUAAAGAGGAUUUGUUGAAGGGGGUUUCCUCAUACUAAACAUAAUCAGUAAAGAGAGAAUUGAAUUGUGAACACUUUAAAUCAUUAAUAAAUGAUUCUAAAAGGUAUGAGGAUCUACUGAGUAUUACUGACAUGUGUGAUAUAACGAUAGUAAAAUCAUAAAAUAGAAGUAAAAAGUCGGCUUUGAGUUUCUUGGAGAGAAAUGAAUAAAAUAAAGUAACUGGGAAUACAAUCAAUACUAAAACACCCUUUUAUGCUUUGAUGAAACAUUUAGAAAGUAAUGAUGACACUGUUGUAUUCAUGGUGUUGUUAUUCAUAAAGACUCUGAGACACUCAAAGAAUAUAUCUCAUUCAGUUUUAGAAUAGGUUGGCAUGAUUACUCCAGAUAAAAACAUUGAAUUGUAUAAGAAUUGUUCCGAAACUUCCUUUUUUAUGCAAGAUAAAUUGUUGGGUAUUUUGUAAACUGGAUUACCACCUUUUAGAUUAGGAACUUACAUCUUAUCAAUUUAAAUGUUAAUUGACUUUUGCAGAACAGAUCUUGAGACUUAUGAUCUACGCUACAAAGAUAGGUUUAAAGAAAUUGUGUUAUCUCAUAUACAUAAAAUUAAUGAAUACAUUAAAUACCCAUUAGAGGCUCAUUAUGUAAUUGAAUUCUUCUACACAGAGUAUAAAGUCUUAAACAAGACAUCUAUAUCAAUCUGGCCAUAAACACAUAUAUAAUUGUUGUAUGAAAUGACUCAAAAGGGAGUUUGCCAAAUUGAUAUCAAACAUAACGAGAGUGUUUAUUUUAUGGAGCCUGCAAAUCAAUAGGACAAGGUUAGGAAAGACAUGAUGAUUUUGUUGAUUCUGAAAUACACAGCAUCAGUUCUAAUUGGAUUUGAGGAAGAAGAGUAAAAAAUACUUGAUAAUCCAAAACCAUUUGGAGAUGGUCCUACUUUGAAAUACUCGCCAGGAAAUGCCUAUAAUUUGUAAGAAGAAUAAUAUUGUUAACUUGCUUAACAUUAAUGCAAAUAUCAAAACAUUGAUUGCUGCAUUUUGGAGGAUUCUCAAAAUUUAGUAUUGUUGGACUUGACACAAGGUCAGAGUGCAGCUAAAUGCGUUUUUUCGUACAAUUUGAAGUAUACGGAUGAAAUGGUAGAGAGACUAAAUUUGAAAAUGCUUCAUGUAACUUAUAGAUUUGAGAAUUAAAAUAAUGUUUUUGAUUUGGAAUUCCAAAACAAAUAAUGUUGUUAAGCAGCAAAAAAGAUGACAGAAUAAAAGAAAGCAGAUUUGAGAAAGGAAGAGUUGGAUACUGUCACAACAUUUUUAUAGGCACUUACAAAAUCGUUGAAUUAUAAUAAAUGA